UCCCAAGCCUCAGGUGUGGACAGAAGCUCCCGAGGACACGAGGAGGAGCUUCGAGACGGAGGUGACCGUCGCGGCACCUCGCCACGGCAGGAGGGACCUAAGGACGCGACGUAUUUCUGAUACUCAGGUGGAGUACGAGAGCUUCGGCCACAACAACCGGGACGAAUGUUUCGCCAACACUUUCAGCAGAACCGUGUACGACGACGAAGCCCUGGCGGCGGGGAGGCUUAGCCGGAACCCCUCCGUCCGCCGAGCCAACUCACGGGACGCCGACGAGUCGCACUGGCGGCGACCUAGAACCCUUCCCUCGGUGGUGCUGGACGACCUCCCACACUCCGACAGGUCUCCCGACGUUUUCGUGCCCACCAAGAGAACCAUCUUCACCAUGCAGGGCAGCACGCGCAACCCGGACCAGGCCAGAGCCACGCCCACUUUCGUCGACAGCCAGGAGGAGGACGUGGCGGUCCCCUGGCGCAGGUCCAGGAGCCAGCCCGACACGCCGACGGAGAGCAACGGCCACAAGUCAAGGGAGGACUCGAAGGAGAGCAGCGCGACGCCCACCCAGGAGGACGUCGCUAAGCCCCAGGCCAAGGAAGAGAGAAAUGAGACGAAGCCUGCGGAAAAAGCAAAGGACAAGCAGAGGGCGAAAAAGAAUGCAAACACCGUUCCGGAUGUUACCGUCAAUGGCGAAAAGGAAGCGAACAACGAAGAGAAGAAAAUAGAAAAACCAACAGAUAGCACCGCAGCACAGGCACGAGGGGGUGAGGCAGUGUCAGAUGCAGUUGCCAGUGAGGGGGUGGACUCGGAGAUGGACGCCAUCGCCGCGGAAUCGUUGGACGUCGUGCCAGCGCUGCGAGAGGGAAGGAGUCCGCGGUCCCCCCACAGCCUCACUCCGUCGCCGCGCCCGUCUGGUUCCCCCAUCACCUCCCCGCACCUGCACGCCCCUACUCCAAUCAGCCCCCCGAUAGAGUCCAAAAAGAAGGUUCUGGAGGCAGCAAACGAGGGCGUCCCGACAGUCCGGAGCAUAAUUCAGAAAUUCAAUAAACGUAUAACGGAAAAUCAAGAACUCCUUGGAAGCCCUUUCAGGUCUCCGCCGAUGAGUCCGCCGUGGCAGUCCCCGCGCUCCCAGAGAAAGAUCUUGGCAGGGCUGGCCACGUGCAGCAAGCAGGAAGAUGCUUAUUCCUCCACUGGGGAUAUCAUCGGCAGUCAGUCGGAACUGCCUCGCCCUAUGAUCUACAGCCCACCCACUGGAGUUCUCAAGUCUCUCAGCACUUCAGUCAUCACGACCAACGCCGAAAUUUCUCCAAAAGUCACUCGUUCCGCCAGUGGCUCUUUCGUCCAGGGCAGCAGUCUGCUGAUUGGCGCCUCCCCGAAGCCCACGGCGACUUCUUCUCCGCAGCACACACCUAAUGCUAGUGUAACAUCUGCUGCUGACGUUUGGGGCAUUUCGCCGUCUGGAAGUCCUGCCAUAAGUCCCGCUCCCACAGACCCCGAUACUUCAUAUGAUCUUGACGUAUCUGUUGAUGAUUCUUUCCACGAGCGAGCGUCAGCAUCCCCGCAGCCGGACAACAAGAGUCCCUCCGCCAGGCUGCGUGCCAUGAGAAUCAAAAAGGCAAAGGAAGACUUCCUUGCCCGCGGCGCCGCACCGCUGAGUGCCGCCGAACAGAGACACAGCGGCAGUCAAGAUGACCUCAAAAUGCGGCACCGAAGCGGCACUGCCAGCACCGACGACACCUGGCGAGAUUCCGACGAGCUUUUUGCAGGAGGAACGUCGCCCAUGCCUUCGCCUGCGCCGACAGAAGAGGCGUCUCAGGACGGGGGCGACGCGCCGGACCAGUUACCAAGGACAUCAUCCAAACGACGCAACAUUCCAAAAAAGGAGUCAUUCCGGAGGCAGAGCGCUGGCUGCCUGCUGGAAGAAUCUGCUUCACAAAAACUGGCUUCACAGGUAGUCAAGUCGGCUUCGUCCGGAGUUCUCAGCAGUGGCAGGGGGAAUUCCCGAUAUUCCAUAGAUUCUCAGUCCCCGCUUGACAGGAAGGCCUCCGUCGACCCGUCCACGGGCUCUGGCAGGUCCUCUCGAGGGAUAUUCAGGUUGUUCAGACGUACAAAGAACCGCGACAAGAAAGACAUGCCAUCAGUGCAGAGACUGUGUCGACAGAGCCUCCUCGUGGACUUCGCCAAUGGCAAAGGCCGCACCAAAAGCGCCUCCCCGCAGCCUUACUCGGACCUGCGCUCGCUGCCGGAAAUGGAAGGCGAGGAGGUCCAGGAGAUGGCCCGUUCCUCCAGAACACUACCUCGAAGUGGCACGGGGGAGGUCGUGUCUCCAGCACCUUCUCGCUCGUGCCCGUCGUCGCCCGUGGCCCAGCACCGGUCACGGACAGCGAAUUGGAUAGCCCGAGGACGACAGAUCUUCAAGAGUCGGUCUCCCAGUCCGAGCAAAAAGCCGCGGUGACGUCAUACCUGAACUUACAGUGUACAGUCUCCGGUCGGUUCCUGGCAAAAGAUACGCAGGCCCUUUCCUGUGGGCGCGAGGGGCGUGCUGUUUGUUACUCUUUCGUGAGCGGACUCCCCCUCAGAUUGGGCCGUAAUGAAUCGACUGAUAUUUACUAUCAGUGAAGAAAGAUUUUUCAGCUGUAGUGCGUCAUCACGUCCUUACAAUUACGCGAUCCUCAGUGAACGACAGUAAACGUUGUUUGAGGAUCAAUGCAUGAAAAGGAGAAGAAAAUGUUUUCCUCGUGUUUAGGAAAGAAUGAUAAAUACACAUGGAAGAUAAUUUUUCUUAGGUCAAUUACUAUCAUAGAACUCUCGAAAUAUGUGGAAUUUUGAUGAGCAAAUUGAGAGCCAUUUCAUAGAGUUCGAACUACUCUAUCGUCUAUGAACAUUACCCACAUGGCUAUGACUCUAGAAACUUUUUUCAACCAAUCAAAAUCUUUCGCACUUUCGAGACAACUUGUAUUUGCGACGAAAAGGACCAAAAGCAACCACUUUUUUCUCUUCAUGUUGAUAGUGUCUUUAUCUUCGUAUGCGAUAUCACAGCUCCAGAAUGUUUAGCUUUACAAAAGGUCCUGAAACCUGAUUUCGACUUUGUGAUUACCUGUGACAAAAUAUUCUUUGUACUUACGGCUUUGAACUUACAUGACCUCUAAGGCCUUAAAUAAGUUUAAGUAUAGUUAUUGUGCUUAUAUUUUGUCUCGAUGGCGUAUCUAAUCCUAAGCAGUGUGUUCGAGUCGUCUUUACUUAAGCUCAUGUAAGGAUUCGGAAGCGGUAUUGGAGUAUAUGAGUGUCUGUACUUGAACGUUUGUAAAUAAAAUUUCUAAACACUUUCA